UUUAGGUUAGUUUACAAGUUAACGUCUAGCGGGCUCGAUAGGAAGGCCACAGCGACAAGCGUUACAGCGUAUGCGUUCAUCCGGCAACCUAUGCGUUGUGUUAUUCGUUGUCGCGCUUGAACUCUGCGUUAUUGGACGAUCUGUUUGUGACCUGUGGGACUUAUUGGUGCGCUUGAGAGCUCUGACCGUCUUGUCUCUUGUCCAAAGUGUUGGGUGUUAGCGAGAAGGUGCCAGGUUCGGUGGCUGGUAUGACCGUACAAGACGAGACGCGCGCUAUGUCGCAGACGGCAACGACAAGGUCACGUUUUAUGAUAACAGACAUUCUGAACGGUUCUUCGGAUGGUGGUGCUAUACUGAGGGGUAGAUCGCCGAGUCCCGGACCUAGGGAUCUGUCGCUGCACUCCAAUCCUAACCAUGGGGACAGCGAUACAGAUAGUUCUGGACAUCCGGACACCUCCAGCAUCUGCUCUAACGGACAAUUAGGAGAAGACUCGCUCAACUCAUCAAAAAGCUCAAACGGAAGCCUGAGUAAAAAACAGAGGAAAGCACGGACGGCGUUCACAGAUCUACAGUUACAGACAUUAGAAAAAAGUUUCGAGAGACAAAAAUACCUGAGCGUUCAAGACAGAAUGGAACUGGCAGCGAAACUCAGCCUUACAGAUACGCAGGUCAAGACGUGGUACCAAAACAGAAGAACAAAGUGGAAACGACAGACAGCAGUAGGCCUUGAACUCCUAGCUGAAGCUGGCAACUACGCAGCCUUCCAGAGGCUAUACGGUGCUCCAGCCUACGGAUGCUGGUACCCUCCACAAACUGCUGGACCAACCGCCCCUCCAAGCGCUGCCGACCUCUACUACAGACAAGCUGCAGCUGCAGCGGCUGCAACGUUGCAAAAACCAUUGCCAUACCGACUCUACCCGCCCACGAUGGGGCUGGGAAUGCCUGGACCAAGCGCCCAUCUUGGUUCCUUAGCAGCCAGUAGCUCCUUGAGCACCCUAUCCAGCUACUAUAGCAACCCGACUUCAGAUGGACCAUCCCCGAGGUCGCCGAGUCCUGACACCCCUUUAGAUCCUGGAUCACCAGGUACCAACGGGAGGAGAUCGCCCUCUGAUGACGAAGACACCAUCCACGUGUAAAAAGACCUUAAGUUGUACUUUAAGACUGCAUGGUGGAAGCCUCCUAGAUAAAAAUGUACAGAUUUAGAAGCUGACUGGAGUCACAACAGCAACAGCUGAAGAUGCUUCCACUAUGUAGUCUAAGUCCGGAUACUUAGUACAUAUUGUGAUAUACCGUGUAUUAUAGCUAAAUUUGUUAAUUUAUUGCGCUUGUAAGUGUCGUAUAGAUAUAGUUAUCCUGAUGGACGAUUUGGUACUUAGUGAAAAGAGCAGCUUUAUGUAAUAUACACAUCAAGUGACUGUUGAGAUCAUCUGUAGUAUUAUAUUAUGGAUGUCUUUGAGAGAUGUAAAUGUUUCUUUUAAAGGGUAAGACAAUGCAUUGUUUUGUGCAAUAUACUUACUCGUGGCUCGGUGAGCUUUAUACAUGUUAAUAUUAGUUGAUAAAAUAAAGGACAUUUAAGUUUUUAUUCUUGA